AUGGCGAAUGUUGUUAUUUUGUCGCAGGGUCACUGAAUACAUUUCUACUUAUUUCCCAAUAAUUAAUUAAAUAAUCAGUAAAAAUAUUAUCAAGAAAACCUUGAUUGUUGUAAGGGUUACGGUCCGCGUGGGGUGAAAUGAAAGGUAAAGAACGAUCGCCGAUUAAAAAACGAUCACGGGCCUUGGACGACAUCCGAGACAGGGGAGGAUGCCACCCAGCCAGCAAGAAAAUGGGUGCUAUCUCCAUCUCCAGUGGAAGUAAUAAUGGAAACAGCUCGGUCAAAAGUGAAGGUGGUUCCACACGAAGGAGUUUGCUCGGCGAGAAAAGGGAACGGGAUUUCGACGGACAUGGUCGGGCUGGUAACAACCACAGCUACCAGGCUGUCGCCGCCAGCUCUCUCGGUAAGAGCCACAGCCUUAACAUGACACUGGAUUUAGCGGCACAGAGGACUAACUCACGGCUAGAACCGCGGGCUCCGUUGCCCACCGCGGAAAGUGAGUACAAAACCCUGAAAAUCAGCGAGCUGGGCACCCAGUUGAGCGACGAGGACAUAGAAGACGGGCUUUUUCACGAAUUCAAAAAAUUUGGCGACGUGAGUGUCAAAAUAAGCCGCAGCAACGACGAACGGAUUGCGUUUGUGAACUUCAGAAAGCCCGAGGACGCCCGGGCUGCUAAGCAUGCGAGAGGAAGACUGGUGCUGUACGACCGACCGCUGAAAAUUGAAGCGGUGUAUAUUAACAGGAGGAGAAGUCGCUCUCCCGUCGAGAGAGACCCAUAUGGUGCAGCCCCAGGCCAUAGACACUUGCAUACACAGAGGCCUCUCUCUCCAACUGGGCUUGGAUAUAGAGACUACAGGCUCCAACAGCUGGCCUUAGGAAGACUUCCUCCUCCUCCACCACCCCCUGUCCUGGCCAGAGACCUAGAGCGAGAGAGGGAGUUUGCCCUCUUCGAGGCCAGGGCACGACCAGCCUUCAUAGCGGAGAGAGCGGCUUUUCGAGAGGAGGAUUUUAUUUCUCCAGAAGAUGACCAAAGGGCAAACAGGACGUUGUUUCUUGGUAACUUGGACAUAACGGUUACAGAGACCGAUCUACGGAGAGCCUUUGACCGUUUCGGUGUCAUAACAGAAGUGGACAUCAAGAGACCCACGCGGGGACAGACCAGUACGUAUGGAUUUCUGAAAUUUGAAAAUCUUGACAUGGCCCACCGUGCCAAACUGAGCAUGUCUGGCAAAAUAGUCGGCCGCAAUCCCAUAAAGAUAGGCUACGGCAAAGCCACGCCCACCACGCGCCUUUGGGUGGGGGGUCUCGGCCCCUGGGUCCCCCUGGCUGCACUAGCGAGAGAGUUUGACCGCUUCGGCACCAUAAGGACAAUCGACUACCGCAAGGGGGACACCUGGGCCUACAUCCAGUACGAAAGCCUGGACGCGGCGCAGGCGGCCUGCACCCACAUGCGUGGCUUCCCUCUGGGGGGGCCAGAGAGGAGGCUACGUGUGGACUUUGCCGACACGGAGCACCGGUACCAGCAGCAGUUCCUUCAGCCCCUGCCGCUGCCGCCGUUCGACCUGGUGGCGGAGCAAUUUGUUCACCGCGCCACCCCGGAGCCCCUGAGGGUCAGGGAGAGGACUCCACCGCCCCUGCACUUCCGGGAGAGAGAGCUCUUUCCCGGAGUCGAGUGGGCCAACCCCGCCAUGCGCGAGCGCGUGCGGGCUUCGCCGUUUGACGCCCUGGAGCACCUGGAGCGGGACCGGCGGCCCAGAGAGCCCUGGCCCCUGGAAUGCGAGCUGCAGGGCCGGGACCCCGCACGCAAACGGCGCCCGGUCGAGGACGGCCGCCACCUGGACUGCUCCCCCGACAGCACCGAGCGGCAGGCCCGGCGGCGCCGCCCCUCCACUGACGGCAGCCCCGGCGGCAGCAGCAGAGACGGCGGGCGCUUCAGCGACUCGGAGCGGCCCCUGAGGGGCGAGAGGCUGUCCCCGGGCAGGGAGUGCCACGGCGGCCCGGAGCGCGGCGGCGGAAGCGGCGUGGAGAGGAGGCUUAAGAACCAGGGCCUCUUGGACCGAGGGCCGCCGGGCGGCGGCCUCCUCGUCCUGGGAGAACGCAAGCGAAAGGCGGGCGGUGACGGCGGCGGCGGGGGCAAAGCGCCGGCCAAGCGGGAGCGCGCCGAGAGCAGCUCCAGGGGAGGGCUCGCCAAGCAGGAGGGCUGCCGGCUGGCCAUGGCCUGGCACGGCAUGCUGCUGCUGAAGAACAGCAACUUCCCGGCCAACAUGCACCUGCUGGAGGGGGACCACAGCGUGGCCAGCGACCUGCUCAUCGACGGCCAGACCGGGAGGCAGGUGAGCGAGCUGAAGAUCACCCAGCGCCUGCGCCUGGACCAGCCCAAGCUGGACGAGGUGGCUCGCCGCAUCAAGGUGGCGGGCCCCGGCGGCUACGCCAUCCUGCUGGCCGUCCCGGGGGCCGUGGAGGAGACGACGCUGGACGGGGCCGCCUCCACGCAGCGGCCCCUGCGCAACCUGGUGUCCUACCUUAAGCAAAAGCAGGCGGCGGGGGUGAUCAGCCUGCCGGUUGGGGGCAGCAGAGAUAAGGACAACGCGGGGGUGCUGCACGCUUUCCCGCCCUGUGAUUUCUCCCAGCAGUUCUUAGAUUCCUCCGCCAAAGCGCUGGCUAAAACUGAGGAGGACUACCUGGUCAUGAUUGUAGUCCGCGGAGCCUCUUAGAAAGCGAAACCUUUAAAAUGUCAGAACACACAAAAUCAAAAAAAUGUAAAAAAAAAAAAAAAAAAAGCUCUGUCCGUAGCUGUUGCAUGCUGUGUGUUCUGCAUUAGGGGGGCCGUCACUGGGCCCUUACUGUGUACCUGUGUAGCUAUAUGUUCCACUAAAGUGAAAAGACAAAAACACAAACCUUUACCCUCAUACAAUUAAUGGAAUGUUUGUUCUUCAAGUGUUUUACUUUAAGCCAUUCUUCAGGCCCUCAAAGGGUUGUUUAUGUAAAGCAUACAUAUGAAUACUAUAAAUCCCAAUCAAUGAACAUAUUGAGAAUUUAACCAGACUUGAAGCCUCGGUAGAGUUAGAAGUCCUUCAUUUUGACAUCUUGUGGCAUUUGGGUUGAUCUGCCAAAGUUAUUUGGCAUAAUUUGUUAAUGCAACUCUAGUGUCAACGAUCUACAACGAUAAUGAGGUUUGAUAAUCUUGGAGGAAGAAAUUAUGCUCCAUGCAAUCAUGAAUGCGUAGUAUAUUCCCCUAAGCCAAACACAUCACGUGAUGGAGGAAAUUGAAGGUGAAUUAUACUUCUGUUAAGAUGGGUGCGGAUAGACUGCAGCGAUUCUAAAUGAACACAUCUUGUAAUAUUUGGACAGGUAAAGAGAAAAACUACUUUUGAUAUAAACAACAUUUGUUCAUGUGCUGUAUUCUGUUGGUGACAAUAAGUGUUGUUAUAUUACUAUUGUUUGGAAGUGAAUGAAACUUUAUUCAGUAUAGGGCUAGUGGCAUUUUAGUCACUUAAUUUACCAUAAUAUAUAUUUUUAUUGGGAUAACUAUUUCUCCUAAUCUGGCAUGCAAAAUAUUUAUAGAUUAUUGUCCAAAGAUGAGCCCUUAACCCAUAAGGAUUUUUUUUAAUUUCCUUGCUUUUAAUGGUGUAUUUUAUUUUGCGCAUCCCUGUCCAUGCAAUGACUAUUGUGUAAUGUGACCUACGAAGACCGAUUCCAAUAGUUUGGAUAAAAAAUAGUUAGACUAAGACUUUUGUGUUGACAUGAACCAAUCUUUGAUGUUUUCCUCACUCUGAAGCUAGUAGGACUACCAAGAAUAUGAGUAUACAUAUCGGUUAUCAUUUGUAUGACUCAAUCCACGCUUAUUUAUUUAUAAAACAGGGCUUGGUUAAAUUCAAACCGUUUGAAGCUAUUUAAACCCUUAGCAGCUUCACGUUUAGAGCUUUUAGCCGAGUUCUAUUGCAAAAAAAUGUUUAACGAUUUUAACAUUACAAAGCCUGCAUAGUAUUAUGUUAAUGCCACUCUGUCAUAAAAUAUUAACCCACGCUGAUUUGUAGUUUUAUAAAUUAAGUUUGGAUUAGUAUGUACUGAGAAAAAAAAAAAAGAUGUGUAAAUCAAUGGUUGUAUCUGUGAACAUGUCAAGUUUGGACCAGCAGAGAAUUCAGCGGCCUGAGGUUGUUGAGCACCAUGGCUAUGACGGAACCAGCCCAAGUAUGUUGUGAGUCUCCACUGUCGAGGCAGCUAUUAGGAUGUGCAGCCUAUCUGCACUCGCCAUGACUUCUGUUUAAAAAUGGAAAAAAUGACAAUGUACCCGUCAUUUGAUGUGAGGGGAAACGGAGAAUCGGCACAUCCCGUGCGAAGCUGUUUGGCGAAAAAUACCCUCAAGGUCUUCUGUGCACUUGCGUGACCCGAGUAUGAAAUAAAUUGUUUCAUUUGAAAGGAAAACGCUGUUUCUUCCGUUGGAAGUGAGUUUGAAGAAACGGGCUGCCCCAUGCAUAAUUGUGUUUCGAAGGAGUUGUAUCUUGAAUUGUUGUUUGGCCACGCGAGACAAAGGGGAGACCGCCGUUUUAUGAUUUUGUUAACGAAAAGAAAGGAGCGUCCCCUUGUUCCCUUGUUUCGUGUGAGGAGCGCUGGUAUCUUUAGAGGCCUUUUGCUGAUCCUCAAGUUACUAAGCAGAGAAUCACCUGUGAUCCACAUCCUUCCUUUUGCCGGGCCGUGCCUUGUUCAGGAGCCGAGGAACGGGCCUACCUCUGCACCAUGCCCGCUGUUGCUUUGUGAAACGGCAGCACGGGGCACCCACUGUCACGCACAUAUGCCCGGAAAUGCUGAAAACGUGGGAGCCAGGGUCCUGUUGUUUUGCAGCCGCCGGCUGGCCCUCCAUUCCUCAUUGUCGUAUGAUUUGCUGCCGUCAUACACACACACACACACACACAUGUGCAAACAAACACACAGAAACACACGGUCCCCUGGGGAAGACAUGAGUGACGUCCUGAUGUUUCCAUAGCGUUCCGAGAUACCAUGCCGUGGCUGUUUGAAACCCACUGGGGCUGAUUUUAAACCAAUGUUCCCAGGAACUAGCUCCGGGGUCUGGCACUGGUCCUCCUUUAAGUCAUGAUUUGACCCCAUGUCUCAAAGGGAGAGGAUGUAGACCAACACCACGGCUAGGAGUAUUUGCUUCACAUUCACGUUUGCCGCCGUGUGUUGGUUUCCCCUUCACCGUGACCCCCUGCUGGAAGGACGGAGGGAGGAUCAUCCAUCGCUGGGCUCAAGGCUCCCACCCUGGGCUCAAGGCUCCCACCCUGGGCUCAAGGCUUACACCCUGGGCUCAAGGCUCCCAUCCUGGGCUCAAGGCUCCCACCCUGGGCUCAAGGCUCCCACCCUGGGCUCAAGGCUCCCACCCUGGGCUCAAGGCUCCCACCCUGGGCGCAAGGCUCCCAUCAUGGGCUCAAGGCUCCCAUCAUGGGCUCAAGGCUCCCAUCAUGGGCUCAAGGCCCACAGAGAACCCCAUCAGUUACCUCCAUCCCCUGUUUGACCGCGGGAGCAGAAACAACCGGCCAAGACCACCUGGAGGAAUCCAUCGGCUAUGUUGUUUGAAACUUUUAUUGUUGUCGGCGCGCAGAUAGCGACUGUUGUUAACUUCUACAACUAGCCGAGCCCAUUUUUGAAAUAUUUGACUUAACAAAGUGAGUCUUUCCCCAGCAUCUCUUCUUAGUCAUGUAAGCUUAGCAAGAGAAGGACGGCCAAGUCAGAGGAGAAACGCUGCCCUCUUAAGGACAAGGAGGGGACCUGUUUCUCGUCCAUCACCAGUCAACCAACCGACAAGCCGCAUUCCUCCCGACUGACUGCAGGGAGUUAGCGUGGAGCAGUUAGCCUGUGCAAUAGUGCUGUAUGCAGUUGGUGCUGGCUGCCUGGCAGGUAUGUAUCCGUUGGGCCAAGACAGCAUACAGGUAAGUAUACAGUAUCGACAAAACAUCUGUAUUGACAUGAUAAACACCACCCAUUCCAAUAUAUAUUAUUUUUUAAUUGGCCAGGCUAAGGAUAUUGAAUGAUGAAACUCGCCGUGCAUAACCCUGAGCCCUAGAUAAAAAUUGAGGGCAUUGAUAUUUCUGUUCAGAAACUGAUGCUCCCGGCGUUGUAGAGACAUAAUAUCCCAUUAACACUAACAAUGUGAAAUAUGAUCAUAGACCCACACAUUGUAUGGAAUAACAACCCUAAUGACACUAUUACCAUGGAAUAUAACCAUAGAACAACAUUUUAAAUUUGGCCAAACGAAUUAAUGAAUUAAUUUAAAUCUAUUUUAAUUAGGGCUACUGCCCUAAUUAAAAUAAAUGAUGACAACAGAAUCUUCGAGGAGAACACAAAUCUAUCUUUAUAAUAAUAAAUUAAUAAUAAAUAAUUUAAUAAUUUGUUAUUUUCAAUCCCAACACAAAUUAAUUAAUAAGAACAUUAAAGUUGAAUGCAAGAUACAAAUGUGUAGGCAUUGAUUUGUCACACAUUGAUUUUGUCCAGACAGUAAUCUAACCCAUAGCUCUGUUGAUGAUAUGGAGGGAACUGCAGAUAAAAAAAUAAUGUCUGGUCUAAUUUGGUCAGAAUCUUUUCAUUAAUUGUAAGGUUUUUAAUGAAUUACCCCUCAAAGUUAUCUCAAAACAGUUUAACAAAAGCAAAUAACUGCAAAGAAUCACAUAAAUAGGGCAAGAUAUGAAUAAUAUGUCCUAUAACCAAACUGCACACAGUAGGAAAACUAGGUUUCAAUGGUUUGAUUGGUAGUCAAAUAUUAAAUGUACCAAAUAUCUAAUGAUAUAUAAAAAAAUAUGUAUACAUUUAAUAACCUUGACGUGAUGAUCAUUAAAUACACACAAGUUAUAUUCCGACUGAUACUUUUUUUAUAAAGCAGUCCAGGUCUAUAAAUGGACACAACUUCCACAACACAUAGGGAGAGAUGGUAUGGUAUGGUUUGGUCUAAUAUCGAAUUAAGGAAUUGAUGUGCGUUGGCGUUUCACUUAUAAUAAACAUCUAUGACACAGCUGUACAGCUAACUAAUAAUAUCUGAAAUGUGCAAUGCACAAAGUAUUGUCACAGACAUCAAACAUGUUUAAUGUCCUUAAUGACAAGUAAACUUCAUAAAAAUCUAACUUCAUAAAACGUCAUGUUAACGAGUACUUCUGUGUUUCCUACACUAAGGUUUCUUGGGAUGAGAUUGACUCAUCGAAAUCUGGCCAUCAAAUCAUCCUUGGUUUCGUCUACUGUAAGUACCAUUACUUUUUAACAAAUGUACUGUCGCUGAAUAGUACCCACAAAGGGUGUUAAUAGUGUUACACACAAUGUUUUUGGGUGAAAGAUACAAAUAUAAUUGUAUUUUGAUCAUUUCUGCUGUAUACAUUUUUUUUAUCAGAAAUAUAUGAUCAUUUAGUGCAUAAGAUUCAGAUUUAAACUUGUCCAUACAAUGUACUUUUUAUGAAUAAAGAUGGAAAAAAUCAAGUGUGUUGUUAACUGAGUUUUUCUUCUCAGUAUUUUAGUAAGUUGCAGUUUGAUACUUAAAACAGGAGAACACAAGAAGGGACAAGUCAAAUACCACUUUAUUGCAGCUGAUUGCACAGUCUUCAACAAUAGACCAACAAAAUGUCUGAUUUGUUAAACAAAUGGUCUUUCCUCAUGUAUGAAACAAAGGCUGAGAGCCACAAACCUUUAAUAAUAAACAGUAGUUUUAACAAUAGAAAAAAAGCCUAAUAUUAAAGUUCAGAUAAUUAGGUAAUCUGAAUAACCCGGCACCUUUUGUAAAAGUAUUUGAGACAUGCAACACUUUAAUACACAGCCUGGCCAUACUGUCUCUUAAAACAUCAUGUCAUCAGAAAACCUUAACGAAAGAAACUGAACUAGUUUAAAGUGUCCCAAUAUGUCACGAUAUAAAAGGAAUGUCAUUCAGUGACCACUUGAGAUAUGGCAAAGAAGAUGGGUAACGAAUGUAAAUCAGAUCAGCCUUGGAGUUUGGGCUUGGUAAUCGUUUUGUCGUUCUUUGAAAGCGUACAAAGAGUUCUACUGAGCAUUGUGGAAGUGCAGGAGGGGAAAUGAUUUGGGUAUAAUUGAAAUUACAUUCCUAAUGUAGAGGUCAUCCCUCGCCACAAGAGGGCACAAUGACAGCACAUAUUUCUCAUGGUUCGGGAAAGAUGUGGCCGCUGUUGAUUAAUAUAUUCACAUAAAGCUUUCUAUGGGUACUCUCAAAACUAUGUUUAAAGAAUAAACUUUAUUCUUCCUUGUGAACACUGGAUUUACAGAGCUCAGUUUGUAUGUAAAUUAUACCGAAUAUGUCUUUGGUUCAAAUAAAAAAAAAGGGAAGAUGGAAGGAAUCGUCACAAGGCCAACAGUCAGCGGUCAUAACCAAUUAAUUAAAUGACGACAAUAAACAUAAUCAUUAAGGAGCGAAGGGUUAAAGAGAUAUUACAUUGGUGCUUCAAUGUUCCACAGGUAGGCACUGUUGUGGUGUAACAGCAACAUAUUAUAUUACUAGCCUUACUAGCCGAGAUAGGUAAAGGCAUUGAUUCGUCAUGUGUAUAAUACAUUAUCAGGAAGUUAUUCAUUCAAGUAUGUACCACAGUUAAACUGAUUACAAGGACCAUUUGUCACACUUUCCCCUGUGUCCACACACCCACACUUAAGUGCUUAUAGCAAGAUUAUCUGGUCAUAUCAAUUAUAACAAUAAUGACAAAAAAAUAUUUUAAUUGAUUUAUAGGUAGUAGUAGUGGUUAGUGAAUGGUUAAUUAUAAACCAGAUUGUGCAUUUUGGGGUUAGGGUAAUUUGUCUUUUGCAUAGAGCAACAGGACAUGGACAUGGAAGGGAAUGGUCCAGCACUAUAGGUGUUCAAUCAAAGAUCUUAAAUGCAAAAUUACUAAAAACCGGGGUCCUUCCAAUGUGUAUGGUGAGGUUGUCCAGGCAAAAAUUACUGACUAAUUGCUGGGUUAGAAAAUAUAUGGCAUAUUGAAAAAACAUUUAUAGAACAUAACUUGACACUGCUCCAUGACUAAGGCAGGCCUCCUUUUCCUGUUUUACAAGUCGGCGACUCCAGAAUGUUUGGCUCAUCUCCCUGGCUGGGGGGGGUUACAGAAUAGAUUUAUGCAGAGGGGUCUGAAUGGGCCCAAAGUGCCUGUUUGUGAGUACAGGUAUAUAAGAGGUAUUAUUAAAAGAGGAGAUGCUAUUUACAGGAGUUUUUCUUCAAUAAAAAUGUUCGAAUAAAAAAAGGAAAUAUAUAAGAAAGAUAAAUUGGCAAAUGUUUCUCAUCAGUACCAGGACAUGCUGUGGUCCAGGAAGGCCAGUACCUUGCGGUUGCAUACCCUGUGUGGCCCUUAGGGAUCGGCACCUCCGUAAAGCAACUGUUAAAUAUAUACGCUUACAUGAGGGCCUUAUUAUUUGUAUUAUUAUUAUUAUUAUCAUUACUGUAAUCAUAAUAUUAAUAAAUGCUGACAUUGGAAAUACUACGCCAAUAUAAG